CUCUGGGGACCUAAGCUCUGUCCGAGUCGCCGCCCGCAUGCCGCUCCCCGACGGGGCUCGCAGCCCCGGGAGCGUCUGCCAGGGGGCGCGUGGCGGCGGCUGCACCAACCAGAACUUCGAGUUGGACGCCGGCCCUUGCGCCCCCAGGCGGCCCUGCGCUGGGGACGGCAGGCGCCCGGACACCGCCCGCCGCAGGAUGAACGACCUGGACUCGGAGGUGCUGCCGCUGCCGCCGCGGUACCGCUUCCGGGACCUGCUGCUGGGCGACCAGUCCUUCCAGAGCGACGACAGGGUGCAGGUGGAGUUCUACGUCAACGAGAACACCUUCAAGGAGCGGCUCAAGCUGUUCUUCAUCAAAAACCAGAGAUCCAGCCUGCGGAUCCGGCUGUUCAACUUCUCCCUGAAGCUGCUCACCUGCCUGCUCUACAUCGUGCGGGUCCUGCUGGACGAUCCGGACCUGGGGAUCGGCUGCUGGGGCUGCCCGAAGCAGAAAUACACCUUCAAUGAGUCGUCCCCCGAGAUCAACUGGGCUCCCAUCCUGUGGGUGGAGAGGAAGAUGGAUCUGUGGGUGAUACAGGUCAUCGUGGCCAUAAUAAGCUUCCUGGAGACCAUGCUCCUCAUUUACCUGAGCUACAAGGGCAACAUCUGGGAGCAGGUCUUCCGAGUCUCCUUCGUCCUGGAGAUGAUCAACACGCUGCCCUUCAUCAUCACGAUAUUCUGGCCGCCGCUGCGGAACCUGUUCAUCCCCGUGUUCCUCAACUGCUGGCUGGCCAAGCACGCGCUGGAGAACAUGAUCAACGACUUCCACCGCGCCAUCCUGCGCACGCAGUCGGCCAUGUUCAACCAGGUCCUCAUCCUCUUCUGCACGCUGCUGUGCCUCGUGUUCACGGGGACCUGCGGCAUCCAGCACCUGGAGCGAGCCGGCGGGAACCUGUCGCUGCUGACGUCCUUCUACUUCUGCAUCGUCACCUUCUCCACUGUGGGCUACGGCGACGUCACGCCCAAGAUCUGGCCAUCCCAGCUGCUGGUGGUCGUCAUGAUCUGCGUGGCCCUGGUGGUGCUCCCCCUGCAGUUUGAGGAGCUCGUCUACCUGUGGAUGGAGAGGCAGAAGUCGGGGGGCAACUACAGCCGCCACCGGGCCCAGACGGAGAAGCACGUGGUCCUGUGCGUCAGCUCUCUCAAGAUCGACCUCCUCAUGGACUUCCUGAACGAGUUCUACGCACACCCCCGGCUCCAGGACUACUACGUGGUCAUCCUGUGCCCCACCGAGAUGGACAUCCAGGUGCGCAGAGUCCUGCAGAUCCCUCUGUGGUCCCAGCGCGUCAUCUACCUGCAGGGCUCUGCGCUCAAGGACCAGGACCUCAUGCGAGCCAAGAUGGACAACGGGGAGGCCUGCUUCAUCCUCAGCAGCCGGAACGAGGUGGACCGCACCGCGGCGGACCACCAGACCAUCCUGCGGGCCUGGGCCGUGAAGGACUUUGCCCCCAACUGCCCCCUCUACGUCCAGAUUCUCAAGCCCGAGAACAAGUUUCAUGUCAAAUUUGCCGACCACGUGGUGUGUGAGGAGGAGUGCAAGUACGCCCUGCUGGCGCUGAACUGCAUCUGCCCGGCCACGUCCACGCUCAUCACGCUGCUGGUGCACACGUCCCGCGGCCAGGAAGGCCAGGAGUCGCCGGAGCAGUGGCAGCGCAUGUACGGGCGCUGCUCGGGCAACGAGGUCUACCACAUCCGCAUGGGCGACAGCAAGUUCUUCCGCGAGUACCAGGGCAAGAGCUUCACCUAUGCCGCCUUCCACGCGCACAAGAAGUACGGCGUGUGCCUCAUCGGGCUGAAGCGGGAGGAGCACAGGAGCAUCCUGCUGAACCCCGGGCCGCGCCACAUCCUGGCGGCCUCGGACACCUGCUUCUACAUCAACAUCACCAAGGAGGAGAACUCGGCGUUCAUCUUCAAGCAGGAGGAGAAGCAGCAGAGGCGGGCGGGCCCGGGGCUGUGCGAGGGGCCGGGGCGCCUGCCCGUGCACAGCAUCAUCGCGUCCGUGGGGACGGUGGCCAUGGACCUGCAGCACGCCGAGUGCCGGCCCCAGCAGAGCAGCGGGGGUGGCGGGGGCGGUAAGCUGGCGCUGCCCACGGAGAACGGCUCGGGCAGCCGGCGACCCAGCAUCGCGCCGGUCCUGGAGCUGGCGGACAGCUCGGCCCUGCUGCCCUGCGACCUGCUGAGUGACCAGUCAGAGGACGAGGUGACACCGUCGGAGGACGAGGGGCUGUCCGUGGUGGAGUAUGUGAGGGGCUACCCGCCCAACUCGCCCUACAUCGGCAGCUCCCCCACCCUGUGCCACCUGCUGCCUGCCAAGGCCCCGUUCUGCUGCCUGCGGCUGGACAAGGGCUGCAAGCACAACAGCUACGAGGACGCCAAGGCCUACGGCUUCAAGAACAAGCUGAUCAUCGUGUCGGCCGAGACGGCCGGCAAUGGGCUGUACAACUUCAUCGUGCCGCUGCGUGCCUACUACCGAUCGCGCAAGGAGCUCAACCCCAUCGUGCUGCUGCUGGACAACAAGCCCGACCACCACUUCCUGGAAGCCAUCUGCUGCUUCCCCAUGGUCUACUACAUGGAGGGCUCCGUGGACAACCUGGACAGCCUGCUGCAGUGCGGCGUCAUCUACGCCGACAACCUGGUGGUGGUGGACAAGGAGAGCACCAUGAGCGCCGAAGAGGACUACAUGGCCGACGCCAAGACCAUCGUCAACGUGCAGACCAUGUUCCGCCUCUUCCCCAGCCUGAGCAUCACCACGGAGCUCACCCACCCGUCCAACAUGCGCUUCAUGCAGUUCCGCGCCAAAGACAGCUACUCCCUGGCUCUUUCCAAACUGGAGAAGAGGGAGCGUGAGAACGGCUCCAACCUGGCCUUCAUGUUCCGCCUGCCAUUCGCCGCCGGCCGCGUGUUCAGCAUCAGCAUGUUGGACACGCUGCUCUACCAGUCCUUCGUCAAGGACUACAUGAUCAGCAUCACCCGGCUGCUGCUGGGCCUCGACACCACCCCCGGCUCGGGCCACCUCUGUGCCAUGAAGAUCACUGAGGAGGACCUGUGGAUCCGCACCUACGGCCGGCUCUUCCAGAAGCUCUGCUCCUCCAGUGCCGAGAUCCCCAUCGGCAUCUACAGGACCGAGUGCCACGUCUUCUCCUCCUCUGAGACCCACGACCUCAGAGCCCAGAUCUCGGUGAACGUGGAGGACUUGGAGGACACGCGGGACGUGCGGGGGCCCUGGGGCGGGCAGGCCGGCAGCGGCAGCGGCAGCGCUCAUGGCCGCCACGCAGGCAGCGAGGACCCGGCGGCGGAGCACCCGCUGCUGCGGCGCAAGAGCCUGCAGUGGGCCCGGAGGCUGAGCCGCAGAGGCCCCAAGCACGCGGCGAAGGCAGCGGCCGCGGACUGCAUCGGCCACCACCGGCUCAGCCUCUGCCGGCGCUCUGAGCGCCAGGAGCUCUCUGAGCUGGUCAAGAACCGCAUGAAGCACCUGGGGCUGCCCACCACCGGCUACGAGGACGUAGCAAACCUAACAGCCAGUGAUGUCAUGAAUCGGGUAAACCUGGGAUAUUUGCAAGACGAGAUGAGCGACCACCAGAACACCCUGUCCUACGUCCUCAUCAAUCCCCCGCCCGACACCAGGCUGGAGCCCAACGACAUCGUGUAUCUCAUCCGCUCGGACCCCCUGGCCCACGUGGUCGGCAGCCCCCAGAGCCGAAAGGGCAGCUGCAGCCACAAGCUGGUGUCCUGCAACCCAGAGACUCGCGACGAGACACAGCUCUGAGCCGGCUCUGCGUGGAGCUCACCCGCUGGGCGGGCGGGCAUGUGCCCGGCCCCGGAGGCCGCAGGAGGCGAGGGAGGAGCCUGCGCAGACCCGGUCAUGCUGGCUUGGCCUGGGAAGCCCAACCCCACUCCCUGAGGCUCCUGAGACUCGACCCCGGAAAGGAGACCCCCGCACAGGGCGAGGGGGGACCACCCAGUGUUGGAAGCCGGCGGGAAGCGUUUUUUAACCUAUUUUUACAAACCUGUGCGAUCCACGCCUCUACGCAGACAUACCGCAACUCGUGACGGGGCCCGGCCAAGGGUGGUGACGGCAUGGAGACAGGACACCCUGCACGGCCGGGCCCAGCUGCCCGGGGUGUGGGCAGGGCAGGGAGGGGCAGAGCUCACACCUGGACCGGGGAGGCCCAGGGGCCCCUGCAGGCCAAGCCGGCCUGGCUUGCGCUCAGGGGGCCAAGGCUGCUGUCGUCCGCCCCGCUAGCACUUUCCGAAGGAAGUUAGAAGCAGACGGUGCCCUUGGAAGCUGGGCCAGGAGGCCCCUGCCGAGGGGGUCCUGCAGCCGGUGACCUGGCAGAAAAGAGGUGUUUGCUGUACUGUACCCUGAGCCGUCCCAGCUGUGGCCGUGGGGACAUCGGGGCAGACGACGGUGCGUUUCCACGGAGCCCUCACACCCUUGAGAGCAGAGGCCCCUUGCUAAACUCCCCUCUGUGAAGCACAAUCCAGCCUCGGGGCGGCUGCUGCUGUCCCCAGAGGCUCUUCCCAGCGAGGGACGCUCUGGGCGGCGGCUGUGGCUGGGAGCUGCCGCCUCGGUUCCGCUGCGCUGGUUGGUUCCUGGUCUGAACGCCAGUGCUGGAACCUUCUAUUAAAUGGAUGCGUUCUGCACGCA